AUUGACCAAACUCUCUACAUAUACGGCUCUGCCUGAUUAGCAUCCAUCCAUUCGUCCUCGUCUCAUCGUUUCCGGCUUUUCCGGCCGCCACAGCCACAGCCACCACAGCGGCGUUCGGUUGUGGAGUUGCGGUUCCUUCCUCUCUUUAGUCCUGUGGUCCUGUGUUUACCAAAUAACUGCCAGUGCAACCAGAACCCACUGUAGUGGAACGGUGAAACUGUUCAUAUUCUUACCCUGUUACUGGGACCUCAGAUCAGCAGUCACGUAUGCCAUAAUCUCAGCCGCAUGUCUAAUUAACUCAAUACUACACCGGUGGCUCCUGAAUAGUAAGAACCUCUUCGCGGACAAAGUGCAACCAAGUCAUCGGAAUGACUAGUUCGGUUUCCAGUGCGCGCAGCCUUUUCGUGGAAUCGAAAGAGAGGUUAUGCGAUCGUAUCCAGGUCAACGUAAAUAGUGUAGGGUCCCUUGCAAGACAAAUAGUGAAGGGGUCCAAAAGCAACGAGACCCUGAUGCACACAGCGAGAAACUUCGCUCUACAGGAACAUGCUGUUCACAACUCGGAAGUCAACCUGAUCAAGAUGCAGAUGCUGGCUACUAAUUUGCAGCUACAGGCCGACGCAAUACAGAAAUGGUAUGGCAUAUGGUGUCUCAACACAAUUUCCGCUGGCACAUGCGGGGCCGGUUUAUACAUUUUAUUUUCUUUCCCAGUGCUCAACAAAUUGAAGUGAUCAAGGAGCAGCUCCACAGAAUGCAGUGCUGAGGAAACACAACUAGCUGCCAAAUAAAAUGUCCCAAAAAGA